AUGGUUGUUGAACAUCUUCAGCUAGUAGAAUAUGAUUAUUUUGAUUUAGAAUAUAUUAACAAAGAUGGUCUUCACUGUUGGUUAGAUCAUUCAAAAGCAAUAAAUAAACAAAUAAAUAUUUCAAAAAGAUUUCUUUAUUCUUUCGUCGUCAAGUUUUAUACGCCUCAUCCAAAUUUAUUAGAAGAUGAACUGACCAGAUAUCUAUUCGCCUUACAAAUCAAAAUUGAUUUACGUUCUGGUCGAUUGCAAUGUAGUGAAAGUACUGCUGCUCUUCUAGCAGCAUUCAUUGUACAAGCGAAAAUUGGUGAUUUUCUGGAAGAUCUUUAUCAAGAUCAUUCAUAUUUAUUUGGUUUACAUUUGCUCAAUCAACCUAGCGACGAAAUGUUGAAAAAAAUUGCUGAGUGCCAUCGUAAUCUAAUAGGUCAAUCACCUGCUGAAGCAGAUUACAAUUUAUUGGAUACUGUAAGAAAAAUUGAACUCUAUGGGAUAAGAGUAAAUCCAGCUAAAGAUAACAAUGGAUUAAAUGUGAAUAUAGCUGUAACUCAUUCAGGGAUAUGUGUUUAUCAAGGCGGUGUUCGAACUAAUCUAUUUUCAUGGGCAAGAAUAAGAAAAUUAAGUUUUAAACGUAAAAACUUUUUCAUCAAAAUACAUCCUGAAGGUUAUGAUGCUAUCGGAUUUUCAUUUGGUACACGAAAUGAAUGCAAAAGCUUUUGGAAACAAUGUAUUGAGCAUCAUGCAUUUUUUCGUUGUCAAGCUGUUAGAAAUGUUGGGCGAAAAAAUCGUGUCGUUUCAAAAGGCUCUUCAUUUAGAUAUAUUGGUAGAACACAAAAACAAUUAACAGAUUUUAUUCGGGAAAACUAUAUAAAAAUGCCUAACUUUGAACGUUCAUCUUCUACCAGUCGUGUUUUAAACACUGAAACAUCAGCAAUAUUACUAAGUGGUUUAAAAUUACAAGAUAAUGCAUUGAGAAAUAGUCAUGAUAAUCAAGGCAAUCCAACAGUACAUUCAGAUUUUGGUCCUUCUAUACGAUCCGAUAGAGAUGUUGUAUUUCACAACCGACCACAGACAGAUCCUUCGCACAGACUUCAUUUAACAAGUAAUCUAUUAUCAUCAGAUUUAUCUAAUGCUGUUGCUAUCCCUAUUAGUGGUCAAUCGAAUUCUGUCGGAUCUGUUGGAUCUUAUCGAAUACUUCCAGAGAACAUUCAAACCUUAAAGCAAAGAAGAAGUGGUUCAGCAGCAGGUCAGAUAAUUAUAGCUGGUAUGGAUCCACAUGCUCAUUUAUUUUCGACAAUAGGAACAGCUAGCUCUGGAACAUAUACCAUAAACAGCUCUGUUUCUGUUGGGACACCUACAGGCUCCGCUAGUCCAACAGGCAGUCCACAUCUUGAAGAUAAACCAGCUACACCAGUCACUAGCUCCGAUUAUGCUGCACAAAUUGUUUGGCCAAAUAAACUCAAUCUUCGUCCUUUAUCAGUAUCAAAUUUAGCACUUCCUAGACCUUCAUCAGCCCCACAGUCUGGUUGGCGAGCUUCACUGCCUCGACAUAUAAUCCAAAAUACAUCAGGCAUACUAAUUGCUCAACCUAAUGUAACACCUACUGGUCCAAUGAAUGUUGCAAUUAUUGGCACAGAUCCAAAUGCAUCAGUCCAUACUUCUCUUUUACUUUCAUCUAAAAAUCAAUUUACACCCAGUCAAAUUAAUCCGUCUCAGGUAAACAAUUUACAAAUCGGCACAACAGUAACAAUACCAAAUGUAGUCAUGGCAAAUAAUACAAUUUUGCCUUCCAGUUUAACACCAAUAAGAGCUAUUUGUAUGCCGAUGCAACAUCAAUCUGUUCAACUUGGCCAAAUUACAUCUAGUAGUGUUAAUAAUUCUGUACCAUCACAAUUAAAACUACCGCCUGGUUGUGCAAUUCUAACAGGAUCUGGUCAAACUUCAAAUAUUACCGGUCGUAUUAUUUAUGUAGAUCGAGCUACCGGACAAUCUUAUAUACCGGUGCUUACAAAUGCCUCAGGUAAUUUAAAUCAAGUGACGUUAGGGAAUAAUAUACCUUUAACCAUCAGACAACCACAAUUUGCUCAAGUUGCCUCACCCCCAACACAUGUAACAUCAUCACCAACACCACCCCAACAACAGCAAGCUCAACCUAAUUUCGCCGGAACUGAUGAAACUACAUGUAGUCAGUCUGAUCAGCCGAGUAUAGCACAAAUUUCUACUAUUCAAAGUAAUUCAAGUCCUAUACCACCUGAUUUGACUAGAAAUAUUCGUACGAUUGGUCGGCGACUUGGACCUCCACCACCAGCACCUGAAAGACAGUAUUUACAAAAAACUGUAGAAACAAUAAAUCUAAGUUGUAUCACUGAACCCACAUCUUUACCUACACAAAUUCAACCAGAAAAAAAUUCAUUAUCAUCAUCUGUAAUAAGAGAUCAAUCUGAUUCACAAGGUGAAGAAGAAAAUUCAGAUUCCCCUCAGAACUCACAAAAUUUUAAAGAACAGUCACAUCCUCUAGCAAUGGGAAUAAUAACUGGACCUAGUAGUCUUCAUGUAGCUUCAUGUUUAAGUUUAGCAGCUCGUGAAAGAAGUGCAUUAAGCAUGGCAAAUCUAUGCGUUGAUCGAGAUGGUUCAGAUUUUGAUAAAGUAAGUGAUACUGAACAACAUGAACUAGGUUCAAUUCAUCAAUAUCCGUGCAUAAAUUCACUACAUCGGCCUCGUCCACUUACAUCAAUCAGUGCUCGUGUAUCAGAUGCAGAUAUUACAGAUGAUGAUCAUCAUUCAGUAUGUAGUCAACGAAGUAGUACUGCACGUUCCAUAUCAAACAUUUGUCGUCAUGGUCACAGACAUCAUCAUCGUCGUCAUAAUCAUAAUAAUCGUCAAAAUCGUCCUCGUUGCCUUUCGGCAAUAGAUCCUUACAUGAUCUAUAAUCAAAAUGGUGAAGAAUCAGACAAUCAAAAUUCUGUCAAUACUAAAUAUGACUCUUAUCAAGCAGAUAAUCAAGUCAAUCCUCAUGGUGUACAUUCAAAACCACAGACGUUUCGUCGACUUUCAAAGCAUCAUUUGGAUGAGGCCUAUCAUUUAGUUCGUGAAUUAGUUAUGACUGAACGUACCUACAAAAGAAAUCUAAGUGUGAUUUGUACACAUUUUAAAGAAAUCGGUAAAGAUCCAUUAUGUUCAAAUCUCAAUAUUAAUCCUCAACUAUUACAAGAAUUAACAUCCAAUUUAGUUGAUCUUCUUAAUCCAAUCUAUACAGAACAUUGUAUAAUAUUAAAUAAUUUUGAAAAUCGUCUUUCAAAUUGGUCAUCACAACAAAAUAAUCAUAAUAAACAAUCCACUGGUUUAGAUUCAUUAGCUUUAAAUUCUCAUUCAAUUAAUUCAUCAACUGAAUAUCGUAUUGGUGAUUUAUUUGUUGCAAGUUUACAUAUUUUACCGCUCUAUCAUUGUUAUUUAAUGCAUGCGGGAAAUAUUAUACUUGAUAUUGAAAAAUUAACAAGAAUUAGACCGGAAAUCGAACAAUUAUUAAGAAAUUUUGAAGCACAAAAAUAUUGUUAUCUACCAUUCUAUGUAUUUUUAUUAAAACCAAUGCAUCGAUUGUUACAAUAUCGUGUAUUACUUGAACGAUUAAUGCGUUACUAUGGUGAAAUCCAUCCAGAUUUAUCCGACUGUAGAAUUGCACAUGCCAAAUUAAAUGAUCUUAUUCAAUCACAAUGGGAAUCCUACAAAAAAAUGGAAAAUACUUAUAAACUACUAGAAAUUCAACGUGAUCUAAUUGGAUUUAAUCCAGACAUUAUUUCAUCCUCAGAUUUAUCUCAGUAUUCACAUUUACAAAACGAAAGAAAUAAUUGUAAUAAUAACAGUAAUAAUGAUAAUAAACAAAACCAUAAUUCAACAUCAACACCAACAAUCUGUGGUUCAUAUUCACUAGGACCAAUUUAUCAUCCUAAUAGACAAUUUAUUCGUGAAGGUUGGCUUCAGAAAUUGUCGAAAAAAGGCUAUCAACCAAGAAUGUUUUUUCUAUUAUCUGAUCAAUUAAUUUAUGCUAGUCGAACAAUGACAUCUUAUCUACAAUUUAAAGUUCACGGUCAAUUCUCAUUACAAGAUUUAAUGGUUGAAGAAGUGGAACCUGCACAUAGCUUCACUAUUUAUUCAGCAGCUAAAACUAGACCAUCAUCAUCGACAUCAAUUAUGAGUGAUUCAAUCGUCAAUAAUAUGGAAAAUAACAUUGGAACUUCUAUCAAAACAUUAAAUUGUAACACUUUUGAAAGUGACUCCAUACAAAUGUUACAACGAGCUGUAACAAGUGUUCAUGUUUGUUGGCAUAGGUGUUUCACACUUUCAAUGCAAGAUAUACUACGUGCUAAUGAAUACCAAACUAGUGGAUAUCUAUUGAGAAAAUUUAAGAACAGCAAUGGUUGGCAACGACUCUGGGUGGUUUUUACUCAAUUAUGCCUUUUCUUUUAUAAAAGUUAUCGUGAUGAAUGUCCAUUGGCUAGUCUACCACUGCUGGGUUAUACCAUAAGUAGACCUGGACCUGAAGAUCAAAUUCGACGAGAUAAUGUGCUCAAAAUGCAAUUCAAAAAUCACGUGUACUUUUUCCGCGGAGAAACACGCCAUUCAUUCGAAAGAUGGGUUGAGUAUCUUAGUUGUGCAGCUGGUGCCAGUAGACCAUUAAAUACAUCAUCAACCAUUAAAUAA